CAUCAAUCCAGAUGAGCAAUGUGACGGCAGCCUGGAGUUACAAGCGUCUACUUCCUCUUUAGUAGUAAAAGAGAUUCUUCAAGAGGCACCAGAGUUAAUCACUCAGCAACUGGCUUAUCUCCUCAGAGGAAGCAUUCUCUUCAAGUGUAUGUCUUCAGAGGCUGACAGAAUUACAGAGCAGCAGGAGAAAGUUCUGUCAAUCCUCGAGGAAAAGUUUCCGGAUCUUCCCCCACGAGAGGAAAUUAUCUCUGCUCUCCAGGAGACUCAGUUUAACCCACAAGGUGUAAGCAUUGAGGAGAUUAUGCUGAAAGAUCUCAAGGAGAUUUCAGAUGGAGAAAUCAAAGUGGCAGUUAGCACUGUGUUUAUGACACUGGAGGACUGCGUGUUACACAGGAGUCUCAUUGGUGAUCUGAAAGCAUUCUUAGAUAAAUACGGAUUUGAUGUUCUUGUUAUUUUGGCCAACUGUUUGUCAGAGGAGAAGCAAACAAAACGACAAAUAGCAGUAUACUCGGAAAACUUAGAGCUAGGCAACCAAAUCUGCUGUGAAUUAGAAGAAUGUCAGAAUCCAUGUUUGGAGCUGGAUCCUCUAGAGUGCGGAUGUGACCAAAUUCUGAUUUAUCAUCAAGAAAAUUCUUUGGUGACCUGUGAUCAAAUUUUUCUUCUACUUAAGGAAGUUAUCAAUAGAAGACAAUCAGAAAUGGUAUCAAACAGUAGAACCUCUUCUACUGAAGCUGUUGCUGGAAGUGCUCCACUUUCACAAGGAUCUUCUGGUAUUAUGGAGUUAUAUGGUUCUGAUGUAGAACCACAGCCCAGUUCUGCCAAUUUUAUAGAAAAUCCUCAAGAGCUAAAUGAAUCUAUGCAAGCCCACGUUGAUGUUAAUGUAGACCUUGUGAGUCCAGACAGUGGAUUGGCUACCAUUAGAAGCAGCCGAUCUUCCAAGGAGAGUUCUGUUUUCCUUAGUGAUGAUAGCCCUGUUGCAGAAGGUGCUGCUUCCCACCACAGUCUUCUGCCUGGCUUUGAUUCCUACAGCCCUAUUCCUGAAGGAGCAAUAGCUGAAGAACAAAAACCUCAGUCUAGAGAAAACAGCGAUAACUUUGAUCUUUUCAAUUUUGAUCUAGCACCUGUGGUUACAGCUCCAUCUGAGUCAUCUUCUCGUUCUGUUGAUUGUUCCCCAGCAGACGACUAUUUCCUUAAUAGUGAUUCAUCAGAAGGACAACAACUCACUGUGCAGAAAGAACUUGAUGAAGCAAACCUGCUAGAAAAUGAUACAGCAAAUUAUUCAACUGACUUACUUAUGACGACAAACGAGGAAGACAAUUUAGCUGAAUUUGAUGAGAAUCCAGGAGAAAUGUGUGAGAAAACUUCAAGUUUGGUUGAUUUAGGUGAAGGUGAUUCUUCUUCACCUGAAAUGUUGAAAUCUGCUGAUUCAAGAAUUCCACCAACUCCUAUGAACAGUCUUGUAGAAACUUCACCAUUAGAUAAUGGGCAGCCUUUAUUUUUUCCACAAGAUGUCGUCAAAAAAAUUAAUGAAAUAGAUGACACAAAUUAUUCUCAGUCUCGUGUUAGAUAUGGGAGCUGGUGGGAUGGCUUUGACCUAGACUCCAGAAAUGCUGAUCCAUGGAGUUCAAGUGAGCAGGAAUCUGUAUUUCAGAGCCCUGUCUUGUGGAAAGAUUGUAAAGAAAGUCCCUCGCUACGAGAACAUAUUGACAGAAGAGCCUCAGAUUCUGUAUUCCUCCAAAAACAGCCAAAGCAAAUGGAAUACAUGAGAGCAGGUCUGUGGGAUAAUCAGUUUAAACAAAAUAAUUGGAACCAUGAGAAUCCAGAGAAAAACAGUGAACAUUCACAUCUGCAAACUGCUUCUUUAAAGGAGACAAAGCAAGAACCAGAGAGCUUUACUGACCCAUGGAAGGUCAGUCAGCCGACGCCUGUGAUGUCAGAUGCAUGGUAUAGUGGUGAAGGGAAAGACAGUCAGCUAGCUGGAGAUUCUUACGACACCUGGACUAGGUUCGAUGCAGGAGAUAUUGCUAGAUCCUCGGAAAAUGUAUGGAACAUGCCCAAACUGGAUAGAGAAAAAAAAUCCAUGAAUAUUCCUGAGGAAUGGGCUGUAUCAAAAAAUAGUUUAUCAGAUUCUUCAGAAAUCACACCAGAUAAUGAGACUGAAAAUCCACCUAUCCAGGUAUCUCCAGAAGCCUGGGAUAAAGAAAGACAUUCAGUAGAAGACUAUGGGAAAUCUAAAAAUACAAUUUCUGUUUUCAACAAUAUGCAAAAUAAUUCCAAGCAAACAGAGGAAAAGGCUGUAUUUGGUGACACUAAACAUAGACCAACACAAUUUGAAAAUAUAGACACCUGGAAUAUAUAUGAUAAAAACAUCAGGAACAAAGUAACAGAAGUAGUAGUGCCGUGGGAGGAUACCUUCUUGUACAAGCACUCAGAUCUUAGUUCAUCAAACAUAGGCGAAGAUUUAGUUGUUUCUCCACCAGACACCAAUUAUUCAACAUCUGAUUCAUAUAUAUCACCUACAUAUGUGGAAGACGAAAGAGAAAAAGAGGACAAAGAUUUGGAUGAAGAAACAGUUAUUGAUAAAUUGAUAAGCCCAAAUUUGGCUGAGCCAAGUAUACUUGAGAAAGCAAAUAAGGAACCAGUAUCUCCUAGAAACAUGCCAUGUGCAAGCAGUGGAAAUACAAAUAUCUGGAACACUCCCUUAAAUAAUGUCACUCAGUUGCAAGAAAGAAAUUCUGAGAUCAUUAGUCUUUCUGCUUAUGCUAAACCUUUCCUUAAUUCAGAACAAAUAGAUGAUCAAUGUUUUUCAACUGAGAUACACCCUAGCGAAAAUAAUUUUUCUGUAUCUGAAACCAGAAGAGUAACACCGGUAUACAACCAAACAGUGAAUGACUUAUCACCACCACGCAGUGAAUUAAAUAAUAGAGAGACCGCAGCUGAAAAUGUAGAAACAGUCAGCAGGGUUCCUGUAGAAGACACAGACACAUCUACACCAACUUCAGAUACUGGGAAUGGUUUGGAUCUGAAAGUACUUGACUUGGGGAGUGAGAUACAAAGUAAGAAGGCAGCAAAAACCACUGCUGAUGCUGACGAAAAGCUGGAUAGUCAGGAUUCAGUGCCACAGCUGAACUCGUGGAGUUUACAGAGUGAGCAGGGUUGUGAGGAAAGCUGGGACAAUGCCAUUGUCACCUCCCAGGAAGGAAAAGAUAAGAGAACAGAUGAGAUGAGUGGGCAGCAAAUUAUUAGUGACAUUUGUAAUAAACCAGUGCAAGAGGAAAGUGAAUCUUCAUGCAAUGCAGAUUCAGAAGAAAACAGGUCAACAACUGAAGUUCCCAGCUCUCCAGAAAAAAUGAGCAGUAGUGUUAGUUUGGAAGCGUUAGUCACAGAGAAUGAGUCAUUUUCCAAUCAAAGCAAUCCAGUUAGUCAGGAAGAGAGGAAAGACUUGUCGCAGAGUAAUGUAGAAUCUUCUUCAAGUGCUUCUGAGGAAGGCAGAAAUUAUGAAUCUUUUGAUGACUCCAGACCACAAAAUUACAAUUAUAGUGAAAUGUCACAGCUGCUUUCUGAGAAAAUUGAAACGGAGACUACAGUGAUAGAAGAUGCAACGAUGGAAGCGGAAAGUAUCUCUCAAAGUUCUGAUAAGAGUAGUGAUAAUUCUGAAAAUAAUUCUUCUAAAAUGCCUGGAAGCUCAGGCACUUGGAAUGACUCUGGAAAGAGUGGCUGUGACCUAGCCACAUCAAUUCCUUUGAUGAAUGAACCACAAGAAGUGCUAGGAGAAGUGAAAGAGGGCUUACAUGAAGUGGUUCCUAACCAUCCAGGCAUUUGUAAUUCUGAGUUAGUACCUGUCAAAAGUAGCUCAGAAAUGAACAGGACUCAUGAAAAGUCUUUCAUAGAUGAGCUUAAGAAGAGUUCUUCUUCUGGAUAUGUCAGUGUUCCUGACAUUACAGAAAUGUCUGCGGUGGAAAGUUCAUUUUCCCACGAAAUAGGUUCUGGGAGAAAUGAAAGCUUUGAAAAUUUAGAAUCUGCUAAUAAUUUAUGCGGCGAGCCAGGUGUAAUGCUUAAGGACAGUCUUCCCCAGUCUCCUUGGGAUUCACAGCCAUGUGAAGGUUUGCCAUCUCCUGGAACAAGUCCUGAGGCAAGUGAAGUCCUUGAAAUGGCAAAUACCACAAGUAGCCUUUCAAAGGAUAUACAGAUCAAAAGUUAUUUGGAAGAAGAUAAUGUGUGGAGUGAUUAUGCACACUCAAGUGGAACAAGUCCUGAUUUAAGUGAUGCAUCUGUGAAUGUGUGGGGAGACCUUCCAGUUACCAGUGAUCACAAAAGCAGUAGGGAUAUGUGGGAUAUUAAAAAUAAUAAAAAUCUUGAAGAUACUUGUAAAAGGAAUGAAUUUGGGAAUGAAUGUGAAGAAGGAUUUGAAACAAGCACUGAACAGAACAAAGUUCCUAGCAGCUUAGAUUUUUGGAAUGCCCAUGUAGAUGAUGACACUGUAUCUUCUUUGUCAAGUCCUGACAUAAAUGAAGAUUCAGAGAAUUCAGAGGCAUGUCCAGAAGUGAUUCAUGAAGACUCCACAUAUGAAAGCAAACAGCACAAAGUCUCUGAAAUUGGAGAUGAUUAUGCUCAAUCCAAUGCGACAAGUUCUGAAGCAAAUGAAGAUGAUUUAGAUGCAAAAUCUAAGGGGGGAGAGAAGGUCCAGGUAGGCAUCUUCGAUGAAAAUUCUGAAACAAUUAAAGCUAUGGAAGUAUUGCAGGAGGACUUGACUACAGUGGAGCAUAAUGUGACUUCUGAGCAUUUAGGUCACUGGGAAACACUUCAGGAAAACGCUCAGAUGAGUAUUUCCAGUGAAAAAACAGGUAGCAGAGAAGACUCAUAUUUUUAUCAAAUGAAUGAAGAUAUUACACCGACUGUUGGGGAUAGAGCUUCAAAAGCUGUAGAUAUGUGGAAUACGCCAUUGGAAGCAGAUUUAAAAACUGAUCAAAAAUCCACAGUAGGAACAUUUGAUUUUCCAGAUGACAGUUCAGAAUGGUGGAAUUCACAACCUUGUGAAGAAAAGCAAUUGGAAGAUCAGUAUUCCGUUUCAAGUCACUCUGCAACAAACCAGUUAACAAAGAGUAAGGAGGACUCCAGGGGAUCACCUUCACAAGAUGACGAACUUUCAGAAACACGUUUCACUAACGCAAGUAAUGAUGGAAAUCAGCUUCCCCCCUUGUACUGUGAUGAAAAAGAAAAUGAAAGCCUAGUACAUCCUGUGGAUAUUUCUGAUAGUCAAAUAAAUCAAGACACUGUACAGUUAAAACAAUUUGAUCCUUUCAUAGUGGAUAAAGAAGAAAGGGGCUUGAAAGAGCCAUUGUUUCCUACAGCUGAGGGAAAUCAACUGACUCCACAGAAUCCUUUUUCAGGUGAGGAACAAAGUGUGCCAACCACAUCAGUUCAAGAAAUCACUGUACUGGAUCUACCACAAGACAAUGAGGGAAAUGCAAGUCUCAUUCCUCAAGAACAACAGCGGGACACCUGUGGAAAACUAGAAGUGCAUAACUCCCUGCCAGAUGCUUUCACUGUAGAAGACUUAUCUUUUGAAAUGACAGAGAAGUCAAGCCCAAGCUGGAGUAUAUUAGUUCCCCAAACUGCACAUAUCCCAGAUAUUUUACAGGAUAACACGCAAGAAAGUAAUCAGCUGUUUUCUGUGGAACCUGACCUGUGGACUAAUGCUGAGCAUAUUGUCACUUUGAAAGCAGAUGGUGAAAAUCCUGAUAUAUUAAGUCACUGUGACCAAGACAAUAGUUCAGAGGCCUCAAGCAGUCCUGAUGUGUGCCAGGAGUAUGAAACUAGGUAUCCGUCUAUCCCAUCUUCUCAGAUUGGGGUAGAACCUGCAGACAAAGAUAAUAAACCAGUUCCUGCAUGGUCAAAUAUGGGUAGAGAGGCAGAUUUUGAUUCAAAGUGUCAGUUAGCAUUGCAGAAGGUAGAGACACGGUCUGAAAGUGGUAGCCCCCAGGGCUAUGAACAGGGAAGCUCUGAUGAAUCGUAUCAGCUAAUCUCUUCUAAUACUCAGAACCCUCCUGAAUUUGCAGCUUUAGAAGAGUAUAGUCUAGAAAAUAAGCUUGUUACUGACCCAAUUGAGUCAGCUGAAAUUACCAAUGAAAUUUUAGAAGUGACAUCCUUAGAUCUAAAACACACAUUCCAUGAGAGUCUUACCCCUGAGAGCCAUCCAGGAACACCAGCUGAUACAACUGAAAUAGCGACCUCCCAAAUGCAAUUGGUUCCCUUGGAUUUCACUCUAUCUGAUAGAGCAGAGCAAAGCUUAAAAGAAAUUAAUGCCUUGGCUGAAGUUGGAAAAUAUUCUGAUAUUGACCGUACAGCAAUAACUGGUGAUGAGCUAAACAUGUCAGAAGAAUUUGUAGGUGAAUCUGAGACAGGGGUAGAGAACAGCAUCAGGAGCACAUCAGUGACUAAUGUCCCGGCAAGCACAUGUGGUGGGAUGAACACAAUGACAGUAGCAGGCAGUGAAGUAGCAGAAGAGGAAUCAAAGGAUAAGCAGAUAUUCUCUCCUAAAUCCUUUCUGCCUGGUGGUGAUGAAGGUCAUGAAUCUGAUUCAAGUCAUCCACUGGUUGAUGACACAGCAAAAGAAUCUGAAGAUGCAAUUGAGAAGGAUGUUCCUGUGCUUAAGGAAAUGCUCGCUGAUCAAUCACCAGUGGUGUGUUCUCCACCAUCCAAUGUAUCUUCUGAUGCUGAAUCUGAGACAGGGGUAGAGAACAGCAUCAGGAGCACAUCAAUGACUAAUGUCCCAGCAAGCACAUAUGGUGGGAUGAACACAAUGACAGUAGUAGGCAGUGAAGUAGCAGAAGAGGAAUCAAAGGAUAAGCAGAUAUUCUCUCCUAAAUCCUUUCUGCCUGGUGGUAACGAAGGUCAUGAAUCUGAUUCAAGUCAUCCACUGGUUGAUGACACAGCAAAAGAAUCUGAAGAUGCAAUUGAGAAGGAUGUUCCUGUGCUUAAGGAAAUGCUCGCUGAUCAAUCACCAGUGGUGUGUUCUCCACCAUCCAAUGUAUCUUCUGAUGCUGAAUCUGAGACAGGGGUAGAGAACAGCAUCAGAAGCACAUCAGUGACUAAUGUCCUGGCAAGCACGUGUGGUGGGAUGGACACAAUGACAGUAGUAGGCAGUGAAGUAGCAGAAGAGGAAUCAAAGGAUAAGCAGAUAUUCUCUCCUAAAUCCUUUCUGCCUGGUGGUGAUGAAGGUCAUGAAUCUGAUUCAAGUCAUCCACUGGUUGAUGACACAGCAAAAGAAUCUGAAGAUGCAAUUGAGAAGGAUGUUCCUGUGCUUAAGGAAAUGCUCGCUGAUCAAUCACCAGUGGUGUGUACCCCACCAUCUGAUGUAUCUUCUGAUGCUGAACUCUUUGGCAGCAGAGAGUGUGCAAAGGAUGAACUCUUGUUACAGCAGCCAUUUUGUGACAGUGCUUCUCUGGAAAAAUCUUUACCACUGCCAGCUCCUUCAGGAGGUACAGAAGGCAUCCCAGUGACCAAAGACGGCAGCAUUAAAGAUCGGAUGUCUGACACAUCCACAGAGUGCCUUUGGGAAAAUCACACAUCAAUACCUUCACUGUCCGAGUCUGAAGUAACUCUAGGAGCUUCUGGGAUUUCCAUAGGAAAAUCUGAAGCAGAAACAACUGAUCUCGACUCACCGCCAGGUGGAGAUAAAGGAUCACCUGAUGAAGCUGGCACAGACUCCCUAUUUUGUAGGGAGAAUAAGCUGAGAAAUGCAGAGGGUAAGGAAGACGUGAGGAUGCAGGUGCACCAAGAUCCAACUUCACUGGAGAUGGAUUACAUCCUUGCUACUGAGGAAGAAAAUAUGCCUUCAACCAAGGAUACCCUUGAAAGAAAUGAAAGUGAUUUUGCAUUUCAAGAAGGUAAUGUAGCUGAACAAACUGAAUCUCAUGAAGACUUUUCACCAGGCUCCUUGGAUACUUUUCAGCCAAUCUCCAUUAAAGAUGAAGGGGAAGAUCACUCUGUUGCUGGGACUGAAUGGGACUCUAUUCACUUAGAAGAGAAAAGUUCUUGUGUUGUGCCUCAAAAACUGGGUGGUGAAGGGAGAUCACAGGAAAGCCAUGGGCAAGAUGAGGGCUGGAUUAUAUUGGGCCAAAAUGAAGUCAGUGACCUAUCACCUGAAGAAAUUUCUGCUGGGUCAGAGAUGGCAAAAUCAGAGUCUGAACAUUCUGGCGAAGAACUGGCAGCUGUUGUAGCACAGGAAUCAAUUCUUGACACUCAGGCAGAAUUUCAAGUAGAAACUCCCCUUCAGAAAUCUUUUGAAGAUGAUGGCUAUUCUCCUUCAGGCAGCCUCACCACCAAGGAUGAGAUUUCGAGCAUUGCAGGAACACAUGUGUUGGAGGUGGUUGGUGAUGAUGGUGCAGGGGAAGCAAAUUCUCAACAGAGACUUGGAGAUAACAUAGCAACAGAACAAGAAAUGAAGGAGGAAACGGUGCUUGUCAACAGAGAAAGACAACUGAGUCAAAAAUUAGGGUUGGUACAAGAGGAUGUGGGAAUGGACAUCCCCUUUUCUGAGGGUGUAUUAAGCCCCAGUUCCACAGAGAUGAGACCCGAACCUCCCAAUUCUCUUGAUCUUAACGGUUCCCAUCCCAGAAGGAUAAAGCUCACUGCUCCAAAUAUCAACCUCUCUUUGGACCAGAGUGAAGGGUCUAUUCUUUCUGAUGAUAAUUUGGAUACUCCAGAUGAAAUUGACAUCAAUGUAGACGACCUUGACACUCCUGAUGAAGCAGACUCUUUUGAUUACACUGGGCAAGAAGAGCAGACUGCUACUAAGGAUGCUUCCCAGGAGGAGUCUGAAUCAAUUCCAGAGUACACAGCUGAAGAGGAGCGAGAGGACAACAGGUUAUGGAGAACGGUGGUUAUUGGAGAACAAGAACAAAGGAUUGAUAUGAAAGUCAUUGAACCUUACAAAAAGGUCAUUUCACAUGGAGGAUACUAUGGUGAUGGCCUGAAUGCUAUCAUUGUGUUUGCAGCAUGCUUCUUGCCAGACAGCAGUCGAACGGAUUACAACUAUGUCAUGGAAAAUCUUUUCCUCUAUGUAAUCAGUACCUUAGAGCUGAUGGUCGCUGAAGACUAUAUGAUUGUCUACUUGAAUGGAGCAACACCAAGAAGGAGGAUGCCUGGUCUGGGUUGGAUGAAAAAAUGUUACCAAAUGAUUGAUCGACGAUUACGGAAGAAUUUGAAAUCAUUCAUAAUUGUUCAUCCAUCAUGGUUUAUCAGGACAAUUUUGGCUGUGACACGACCUUUUAUAAGCUCUAAGUUCAGCAGUAAGAUACAGUACGUCAACACAUUGGCAGAGCUCCGUGAGAUGAUUCCAAUGGAAUACGUGCACAUACCAGACAGUAUCGUCAAGUAUGAUGAAGAGAAGUAUAUUAAGAGAAGAAUGAGACUGGAUGAAGAGCUGAGGGAAACUUCAGAAACAGCUAAAACUAGCUGCCUCUCAAAUGAUCCAGAAAUUACUUCAGUGGAGCAGGACAUUGACAUGACCCUGAAAUAAAAAUCAUCGCUGCCAGGCAUUUCAAGAAGAGGAUUCACUUGGAUUUUCAUCACCCAGACACCCAUGACCAUGAUGUACAAUAGGCAAUUUGGGUUAAUUUUGUUUGGUUUAUGAUUUUUCUGUGUCAUUCAGCUAUUCAGGAAGACCAAAAGGGCCAACCCUGUUGCCAUGGAAACAGCAGAAUUUUGGGCCUGGUUAUUUGUUGUGUUUUCAGCAAUAGAGGUUUCAUUAGGAAAGCUGUAUCAUCUAGCAUUGCUUUCUCUGUGUAUGCAAGUUUUGUUUAAAAGGAUACCAUUUUACCAACAGUGUGCCUCAUGAGCAAGUCAAUGAGGAUGUAGAUUUUUGUUUCAUUCUUGUCUUCAGCGCAUUAAUGUUUAUGCAUAGCUGAACAGAACAGUUAUUGUAACAAUAAACAUUAGCUUGGUUGUGUCACAGAGCAGCAGCAACUUUAUUGUUUCAAAAUAAUUCUAGAAUUAGGACUUUCUUGGACUUGUCUAUUUAUCACUGUCUGAGAAGUAUGUCCAUGUUCAUUUUAACCCUGAUGACUUCUUUAUUUGACCACAGAAAAGACUGGUACACUAAAAAAAUAAUAAUUAAUGAUCAAACAUGCUUCCCGGAAGAUGAGUAACUUAAAUUAAUUUAAUUUUAAUAAUUUAGUAUGUUUAUUUUAGGGAUAGUUUUUACAGAAGCAGCUAAUCCUGUAAAUUAACGUCAAAGAGUCUAAAAGCUUUGGAGCAUUAAUUUGUUACUGUUGUUUUUUAAAUCUGUUUUUCCAGAACUUUUUUUUUUAAGUUACAAGUCUUCAAAUGGCAUUAUAACUCAAAUUAUAAAGGCUAUUAAUGAUAUGAAUAUGAAACAAGUACUUAGUUUUUCCUACUAACAGCUGAAGAUUACAUGUAUAAAUCUACAGUUGAGAGUCACACUUAUUUGUCAGGAACAGAUGUCAAAGUAUUAUUCAAAGUGUGUCUAAUAUAAAAAAAAUAAGUAUUACAAUGCAGUUUAUUGUCCGGGUCAUACAACACAGCAGUAAAAACAUGAAAGGGAGAAAAAACCUUAAGUGAUUCUUGUUUGCUGCUUUCAUGUGUAGUGGCACAACAGACACUGCAGUGGAAGUCCUUGUACUCACUGGAAAAUAACUGCAGUCUCUCAGACCGUUCUUUUGCAAGAAAGUGCAAAUUAAUUGUCAAGUGAAUUCUGCUUCUCUGCUUUAAAAAGAGAAGAGUCAAGAAUACGACUACUGCUUUCUCUUCCCCUAAUGAGCACACGCAAUGUGCUUUCCAAACCUGCCGAGUCACCUGCCUUUGGGGAUGUCCUGGCAGAAGUACCAAUGUUACCCACUCUCUGAAACAUUACUCUUUGUCUUCAAGAGAUUCUCAUUAUGCCCUAGAAUUACAUCUGUGGAUUCUCUGCUUUGUCUGUAAGUAAGUCCUUAGCCAUAACAAUUCAAGAUAGUUUGCACCUUCUUUUUAUGUGUGCACUGACUCCAGUCCUGCCUCAAGUCCAGAAUUAUUAAUUACAGAGAAGACAAGCAAAAGUUUUCUUGGGGGAUACAUUUUGAGCAGAAGGCAGGACAGGAUGAGGCUUGCUUUUUCAGCAGCAUCUAAACUGAGAGUGAAAAUUAUAUUUCGCCCUUCAUUUAAAAGGUUGGGUUUUGGUGGUUUUUUUUCCUGUGGUGUGCACAUUUCCACCUCUGCCAGAGUGUUUCUUCCCUUUGCAAGGCGGUCUGGCGGGCCAGGCAGCAGCCAUCCCUCCCCGCGUGCGCAGUGGUUUGGCUACCAUCGUGGAGAUUGGCAAAAUGGUCGGAGAGGCAAGAACUUUCCAAGUGCUUUUUUUGCCCGCCAGCAUCCAAACCCUGGUACCCACCCCUCUGCAGCCCUUUCUCUGUGCCGGCCGGCGGCGCGCUGUGUCCCUGGCAUGGCCAGCCUGCCCCGGCACAUCUCCCUGUCAGGUUCCUGGGAAUUUUCACAGAGGAAGGGCCUGAUCCUGCUGACCCUUGUUGCUGCUCUAUAACCUUGCCCUAAGUUAGGAUCUGGUAGUUUCCAGUGUUUCUCAGAUAUUUGAAUCUUGGCUUGUGUCUGCCUUAUCAAAGUGCUGUCACUUAGAAUAUUGGGGAUAAUGUUUUAUGUACAGAUUAAUAUUUGUAUUAACUUCCAAAUGCUAAUUAAGCUUCACCUAGAUCUAAACUAUUAAAAGCAUUUAGUAGCAUGAAGUUACAUCUUCUGUAGACCUGUAGUUUAAGCCACCUAGAAUGAGCCAGGCGAUUUCUGUUACGCUGUAGGUGAGAAAAGCGUUCACCGAGAGAGAAGUUCAUCACAAAGCAGAGCUUAAGCUCAAAUCUUUACACGCUGUUUGACACCUAAGUGGGUUACGUGGGGUAUGUGGUCCUAGUGGCAGGUGUCAGCUUAUAGACGAGUUUAAUUCUAAAGGCUUUGUAUGAAAUUACUAAACAGCGAAGCUCUACAUUAAUUAAUAUUAUUAAUGUGGGUGGACUAGUAGUGGCAGCCUGAGACAGAAGGAGUUUGUUUAAGACAAGUGUCACUUCAAAAUAAAAUGGGGCAUCAAUGUGAGGGUGCAAAAAUGAUUGCAAGAUCUAGGUGUGCUUGAUACUCCCGCUUAUUAAUAUAUUUUGAAAAGUUUUUUAAUGUUAUGAUAUGGCAAUUCUACAUUAUACUAACAAUAAUGUAUCAACAUUAAUAAAUCAGUAGUUUGUUGAAAGAGGAAUAUAGUACAUAUAACUGCACAGAUAUAAUCUUUUAUAUACAGAUUUUUUCUACUGUGUAUCAGAGUGCUCAGAUAAAAUAUAAAUUAAUAGUUGUGAUUUUUUUUUUUUGUUAAAAGACCUAUGCUGACUUAAAUUAUAGAUUAAGCAAUACAAGGAUAUCUAAUAUCAUUGUAUGCGUAUAUAUACAUAUAAAUCAGAAAUAAAGAACUGCAACCUACCACUGGAA